AUGCAAUCCCCACAUUCUGGUCAUUUUCAAGCAGCUUUGCAUACUUUGCGAUACAUCAGUGGAUAUCCUGGUCUUGGUUUGUUCAUAUCUUCUAAUUCCUCUUUUCAAAUUUUGGCCUUUUGCGACUCUGAUAGGGCUUUCUGUGCCGAUAUUCAGAGAUCUGUUAGCGGAUUUUUUCUCAGCCUCGGGAGAUGCCCAAUUUCUUGGAAAUUGAAGAAAGAACCAGUUAUUCACUCUCUUCAGCAGAAGCAGAUGGUAUCGGAGCUCUUUCUUGGCUCUGUGGCUAUGUCGGGUGAGUUGAGUGAAGUCAUGAACACAUUACACAAAAUUUCUGCUGAGAUGUAUAAUUUCUCAGCUCGACAAGAGCAGCUGGAAGCUGCACAAGAACAUAACAGCAAACAUCAGGAGGAGUCCUUGAAUGAGCUAAGAGAGGUCAUCAAUGAGGUGAUUCUUGGGGGUAAACGACCUGAGAGGGACAAGAGGACACAACCUGCAGAUGGUGAGCUAUAUUCCCCUAGUGAUCAACCAUUUGAUUUUGGAGAUUUGGCCAUACCAAAUACCAGCAAUAUGAACACUGCACCAGUGAGUACCUUCACCUCUUAUGUCCAAGCUCCUAAUCUAAGUCCUAGACCAACUGUUAGUAAUCCUAUAACAAGUGGUGUGAGUUCUGCUCCCAUUCAGCUGCCUGGAACUCAACCUCAACCACCUACUCGUUCAGUCAUGGUAAGUAACCCCCCUUUACCUCCUCCUCUACCUUAUGUGUUUCCAAAUAUGCCUUCUCCCAAUCCCAGAUCUAUUCCACUGCAACCCCUAAAUUUUCCAACCCCACCUCCCAAUGGCAGAGGAUACCAACCUCUAAUGGCUUGGACUCAAGGCUCUCAUACAGGAGUGAUACCUCAUCAGCCUGCCUAUACCCAGUCCAUACAGUUUCGCCCUUCAUACUACACUCACACUGGUCAUAUUCCUCCCCCUCUAUACUAUCAGACACCCUAUGUGCCAACUCCACCCCAGUACCAAUAUAACAACAUAACUCCCAGCCAUCCACAAACUCAGAAUAACCAUACCACACCCCUACCCAACAUACCCUAUACAAAGUACACUAAGGUGGAUUUCCAUAAGUUUGAUGGAGAGGAUUUAAGGACAUGGCUGUACAAAGUGGAGCAAAUUUUUGCAGAUGAGGAAGUGACUAUUCAGCAGAGAAUGAAGUUGGUAUCCUUACACUUUGAAGGAGAUGCCUUGUAA